AUGCAACCGGCACCACCGCCUCCAAGUGCUCUGGGAAAAUAUCGCGUUCUAUCGCCAACUGCAGCUGUUCGCGUAUCGCCCUUAUGUCUGGGAGCGAUGUCCAUCGGUGAUGCAUGGGAAAUCAUGGGCACACAGUCAAAAGAAAACUCGUUCAAAAUUCUCGAUUUAUUUUACGAUGCGGGAGGAAACUUCAUUGAUACUGCCAACAAUUAUCAAAAUGAGCAGAGUGAAACCUGGUUGGGAGAAUGGAUGGCCAAACGGCAGAAUCGCAGUCAAAUGGUAAUUGCAACCAAGUUCACAACUGGAUAUAGAUCGGACUGGAAGAAAGAACAGAUUCACGUGAAUUUUGCUGGAAAUUCGGCGAAGUCUCUCCAUGAAAGUGUAGCUGCUUCUCUGAAGAAGCUUCAAACCGAUUAUAUCGAUCUUCUCUACGUGCACUGGUGGGAUUAUACUUGUUCGAUUCCUGAGUUAAUGCAGUCCCUCGACCAUCUGGUCAAAGCAGGCAAAGUACUCUACUUGGGAGCGAGUGACACACCUGCAUGGAUCGUUGCGAAGGCUAAUCAGUAUGCAAGAGAUCACGGACUUCGUCAGUUUUCAGUCUACCAGGGCCUGUACAACGCUGCCAAGCGGGAUGCAGAAAGAGACAUUCUUCCAAUGCUUCGAGACGAAGGAAUGGCCUUCGCGCCUUGGUCGGCACUAGGAGGAGGAAAGUUUAAAACAAAAGAGCAAGUAGAAGCAAUGGAGAAGGCAGGCGACAAAGGAAGAACGUUCGGCGGCCCAAUAAAAGGUCCAUCUAAAGAAGAUCAAGCGGUCACCGCUGUGCUAGAGAAAAUUGGGAAAACCAAGAACGUUUCGCUGACUCAGAUUGCUCUGGCUUAUGUAAUGGCAAAGCAACCAUACACGUUUCCUAUUGUCGGUAUUCGGAAAGUAGAACAUUUACAGGACAGCAUAGAUGCUUUGAAAGUGCGCUUGAACAAUGAAGAAAUUAAAGAAAUCGAAGAAGCAUACGAAUUCAAAGCUGGCUUUCCUCACGAUUUCAUUGGCCACCAUCCGAGUCAAAAUUGGCUCUUACAACUGGCAGGUCACUACGACUGGAUGGAACCGGAAAAGAGUUUGAACGCUAGUUAG